AUGAGACCAACAUCUACCCUUUUAUCACUCCGUGUUAAGCUUCCCAAACCAGAACUCACCCGCUACACAUUUCAAGACUUGAGUUCAAUAUCGUAUUGCGAUUUACCCAAUAACGGAUUUGGUAAAAAGAACUACUACAUUGCUAAAACCAAAUUCCAUCAUUGGCCGGUAUACAAGAAAGUCCAAAAUACAAGAAUAACUACCGAGAUCAAACGUGUUCAAGGCGAUUUACACCAAUUGAAACAAGACUUGCUACAAAUUUAUCCUCAAUUUGAGAUUAGUAUGAAUCAAAGUGCAGGAAUUGUGAACAUAAAAGGAGAUGUAACUGAGGAAGUUACAAAGCUUUUUGAGAAAGAAAUAGGUGUAUAA